GUCAAAAAAUAAAAAAACAAAAAAUGUCAUUCAAGUCUGAUUUUGGAUUUGGAAGGGAGAAAACGAAGUUCUGAAGAAUUAAUCUGAAAUAAUUAUUGAAAUCCUUUUAGUUUUUAGUUUACAAAUAUCUGUUAUUAAAUUUUAGUAGUAUUUUUCGAUAAAAAACAAUAAUAUUUUUAAAUUUAGCUUAGUUUGUGAAGGUACAAAAGUAGUUGUAAUAUAUCGGUAGGUAAAAGAAGUUUGUUGGGCGUAAAAAGAAAAUGGCGUGUGCUACUCUUAAAAGAAAUUUCGAUUGGGAGUCAAUGGCACAGCUGCCAGCAAAAAGGCGAAGAUGUGCCCCAUUUGCCGCUAGCUCGAGCACAAGUCCUGGACUUAAAAUGUCCGAAAGUAAAAGUUCAAUAUUCGGUGAGACCGUUAGUGCACCUGCAAAAAUGACUCCAGAGCGCAUGGCCCAAGAGAUAUGUGACGAAAUCAUGCGGCUACAGCGCCGAAAGCAGCUGCGUCUGGCAACCGGGGCGGCGGCAUCUUGCUCUUCGUCCAGCGGCAGCGAGGGCGACUCCUCGCCGCCACACCGCUCUGGACAAACAGCUAGACAGAAAGUUAACCGCCGUGCACUGUUUACAUUCAAACAGGUGCGCAUAAUUUGCGAGCGUAUGCUCAGUGACCAGGAAGCAGCCUUGAGGGCUGAGUACGAGACUGCUCUCAGCAACAAGCUUGCUGAGCAAUAUGAUGCCUUUGUUCGCUUUAACAUUGACCAGGUGCAGCGCCGGCCCCCUCCAACCACGUGCAUGCCACUUGGCAUGGACGCAGAGCAUCACAUGCACCAAGAUCUUGUGCCCAGCUAUCUUUCCUAAUACUAGCGAAGCAGAUUUGCAGUACAGCACUGCAAAUAAUAUCAAGACAAACAUAUUUUGGUAUAUGUGAAAAUUAUAUGCAGGAAUAGUAUAGAUUAUCCUAAUGAUUGAUUAUGUAACAUUGUGAUGGUGGAAUUUUGCUGGUGUCGAUAUCAUACACAGGGUGGAAACGCAAGUGAGAUAUAACUUAUAUUAUAUUGUUCUUACGUUUAAGUCUUACAAAAUUUUUGACCGACGCUCUAUUUCACAUUACAGCAUUAAAUUAAUUAACUGCAGAAAAUGUAUUUUGUGAUUAAUAAGACACCUCGUACAAUGACUGUCAAAUUACGAGCAUAUUGGGUGUGUAAUUACGAUGCUAUAAAGAGCCAGACAAUGAAAUAUUCUAAUACAUGCACAUGCAGUAACUUUGUUUUUUAAUCAAUUGUUUUUUUCUGACACACCUUAUAAUGAAAAGCACAGGGUUAUAUAAACAUUUGACUGCCAAUUGUAUGAAAAUAAAAGUUGUACAAUAUGACAGUGGCUGUAGUUAAUUAGGUAAUUGUUAUCAAAUAAGAUAAUUGGUGACACUCACCGUAUCCACUCUGCGUAUUGCUAUGCUUACAUUAAAUACAGUAUUAUGAAAUGAAUUGUUGAAUGUUAAAUAUUCAAUGUGGCAUUUUGUUCCAUGACAAUCAACUGUUAAAAGAUAGGCUGCCCUUAUAUGUUAUACUAGGGGAGUUGUUACAAAUUUUAAUGUGAAAUUUCACGACAAUUUCGUCUCCCUGAGGUACUACUAAAUAGGUAGUUGGGUUUCAUCACUUUGUAUUAAUAUGUAAGACCUUACAAAACUGGCGAAAUUAUAUUAAAAUCUCUACAAUUGGUUUGUGUAUAAUCAUUGUGUGUUGAGGAUAUCUGGUAUUUUUAUGCUUACUUUAUGCCUUUAAGAAAAAUGUUGAUGCGUCAUGCAAACAAAUGCCACAUUGAUUUAGAGUCCCCGUUUUCCCUAUAGUGCAACAUUGACACAGUUAAGUUCCACAGGAAUGUUCAUGCCACAUAAACAUAAAGAAAAUUAGCUUAUAAUGCUUAGUUAAGAUUUGCUGCAUAAUUGUGUUCAUAGACUGAGAGGGUUCACAGAGUUUACGUUAUGCGUAGCGGGACGAGGCUGAGGGUGGUUUGUAUUUCACUGAGAAAUUGUUAUGGAGAUGAGGCUACGAUGAUAAUUUGCAAAUUUGGGACCAUCCAGUAAUUUUGUCGCACUUUGAAGUGUGGUAGUGCACAGUUGAGGUGGCCCUAACAUCAUUAUACAAAAGUUAUUUGUUUUACUCACUAUUAUUUGUCCUUAACCAUAAACUAAGAUAUCGAUUUAUCUCUGAAUUAUCUGCACCUGUAUAGGAAAAUAAAUAUUACUGAGAGCUUACUACAGUUGCUUAAAGCAGUAUUAUUUUAUAAGUAAAACAUUAUAUGAAUACCUUUACAACGCGAAAUAACUAAGAUUGCUUUAAGUGUUGGAAGUACUCCCCUAUGUCGUUAGUUGCCCUAAAUUUCACCUUAAUAUCGAAAUAUUUAAAUUUAGCACGUUGGCCGCUGAACACACAACGUUUGUGUUUUAAAACUACGUAACGCGUGUGCGGCUCGAACACGCUAGGCGUGUUAAAAUAAAUGUACCUACAAGGAUGCGGCCGAACACGCUGGGCGUGUUUUUUCGGCGUUCUGCGAGUGCGGCAAACAUAAACGCUGUGUUGUUGUUUAAUGGUCAAGAAAAUGUAAUUUUAAUUUGUUUUUGCAUUAAGGUGUAAAUAAAGAUGAGACAAAGCUUCAUCUACGUUUAGGAUAUAGCGUAAUUAAAAAGUUUUGUAUCGAUAUACGAAAGGCCAGAACCACCUUAACACGCCACGGGAGUGAUAUAUUAAUCGUAGACAUAGUCCAAAACCGAUAACUCACAGGUUUCAUGUUUUAUAUAUAUUUUAUAAGAUCCCAAAGGAUGUUCUCUAUGCAAAACUGCGAGUCUGAAAAUAUACGUUGGUGACAUAAAAAAUUGUUAAUAAUUGGACAUGUCUACAAUUUAAAGGCUUACAUCAAUAUUGUAAUGAUAAGCAGUCCGCCAAAAUCUAUCAGAAAGUGUCAUGUUUUCCAUAUUUUAAAUAAUCUUUUAUAAUAUUUUAAAUAUGAUGACCCAUACCUUUAUGGUUUCGGACGUUAUGCACCGAAUUAGCUUUCUCAACUAGCUACUUAAUAAAAAUAGGUCACAAUAAUUAUUAGCACCUAUUCUCCUAGGUGAGAAUUUAUUUUUCUUUGACACUUUAAUAACACCAUUUUAAAUAUAAAUUAUUGAUCCAAGGCUAAGGUAGUAAAAUGUGGUACGUGCAAAUAAAAUUGUAGUAUUUUCUACAAUCUGGUUUUUUAUUGAACAUGCAAAAUAUUUAAUGGAAAUAUUUGAAAUUAUAUUUGUUCAAAAUGAUAUGUGAUAAAACAUUUGCCCCCUUAUGAACUAACGUGGCAUACUGUCGAAAUGUAUGUGAAGUGUUUUGUCACACUUUAACUGACAGCACCUUUCGAAUAUCAAGGCGUGAAAAACACUGCAUAACUGUUCCGACGUUAUGCCAUGUUUAUCAAUAAGGUGGGAUAUGUUUAGGAGAGGUACAAAGUGACCAAUAAUGGAUGGUCCCUUUCAAACUGGUUUGUUAAUGGAAAAUAUGAACCAAAAUUUAUUAAGUUUUCUAUGAAAGAAACUAUAGAUAGAAUUAGUAAUAUCUAAAUAACACAAUAAAUUCACACAGAGUGCCUGUUAAAAAUCAUUCUCAUGCGUUGAUUGCAAAUUAGUUAGCCAUAAUUUUGAUUUGUUUAAUUUUAUUUUUAGUUUAAUUUUUAGUGUUGUCAAAAUAAAGUUCUAGUGUAUACUAAAUCAUAUUUUAUUUUAUUUUGUCAAGUUUGUACUGUGUUCUUGUAUAACACAGAUUUUAUGGCAAAACAGCCUUGCGUAUCAGAUAACUCACUAUUCUCUUUUACUCUUUUUAAGUGUAAUCUAAAAGUAUGAAUUUAAUUAUUCUAUUAUAUCGGACUAUUCUCAUAAUUAAACUCAUUUCGCUGAUACAGUCAUGGCUUGUUUAGGUUAA